AUGCACUGCCAAGCCGAGUUAAGACUGUCUUCUCCGGGGCACCUGAAAGCAGCCAGGCGGCGCUACAAGACGUUCAUGAUAGAUGAAAUUCUUUCCAAGGAGACUUGCGAUUACUUUGAAAAACUUUCUCUGUACUCCGUGUGCCCGUCUCUCAUCGUCCGACCCAAACCUAUGCACUCAUGUUCGGGCUCAUCCUCACUGCGGGCCUACCCACUCCUGUCCGUAAUCACACACCAGCCCCCUGGCCUGCCCCACCUGUCCCAGCCCUCACCCCCUGUGCAGCUGGCCUCGCUGUCCUUGCUCUCCCCGCAGCAGGGCCGUGUCCCCGAGGCCACCCCCAGUGAGACGCCGGUGAGCAUCAGCAGUGAGUCGGAGGCAGAGCACAACGCCUCCCGGCAGAAGAAGCCACGGCGCAGCCGCACCAUCUUCACAGAGCUGCAGCUCAUGGGCCUGGAGAAGAAGUUUCAGAAGCAGAAGUACCUAUCCACACCCGACAGACUGGACCUGGCUCAAUCUCUGGGACUCACACAGCUGCAGGUCAAGACCUGGUACCAGAACCGGCGCAUGAAGUGGAAGAAAAUGGUGCUUAAGGGGGGUCAGGAGGCCCCAACCAAGCCCAAAGGCAGGCCGAAGAAGAACUCCAUCCCCAGCACAGAAGAGAUCGAGGCUAAGGAGCGGCUUGCCCAGAUGGCCGAGGAGGAGCAGGCCCGCAGGUACACCAACGCUCCCCAGUGCGAGCCCCAAGACCUCAGUGUGGGGUCAGGGGAACCUGAGGCAUGCCACUUGACUCUGGCUGCUGGCCCUAGGUCCCAGCAGCUCCCUGGGCUGCAGCCAGAGGUGCGCGCUGUGAGCUAA